GGGAAAUUCCUACCACGUUGUGAACUGUCACGUGACCGUCCUCUCUGCGCCAUUUUACAAUAGGUCUUCUCUUUAAACUGUGUAGCAGCAAUCCCUAAUACACCAAGAUGGUUAGGGAAGAUAAGGCAACCUGGAAGGCUAACUAUUUCCUGAAGAUUAUCCAACUUUUGGAUGAGUACCCAAGACUUUUCAUCGUUGGUGCUGACAAUGUGGGCUCAAAACAAAUGCAGAAUAUCCGUCAGUUUAUGAGAGGCACAGCAACUGUUCUCAUGGGCAAAAACACCAUGAUGCGUAAAGCUAUCCGUGGUCACAUUGAGAACAACCCUGGCCUUGAGAAGUUACUCCCAUAUAUCAAGGGAAAUGUUGGCUUUGUACUAACUAAAGAUGACCUCACUGAUGUAAGAGACAGGCUUCUCCAGAAUAAAGUAGCUGCCCCUGCCAGAGCUGGAGCUAUUGCCCCAAUUGAUGUAAAGAUCCCUGCCCAGAACACUGGUCUUGGUCCUGAGAAAACAUCUUUCUUCCAGGCUUUGUCCAUCCCAACAAAGAUCUCUAGGGGUACCAUUGAAAUCUUGAAUGAGGUCCACUUGAUUAAAGAGGGGAGCAAGGUAGGAGCAUCUGAAGCGACUUUGUUGAACAUGUUGAAAAUCUCGCCCUUCUCGUAUGGUCUCAUCAUCCAACAGGUGUAUGACAGCGGAACUGUCUUUAGCCCUUCAAUCUUGGACAUCACCAAUGAGGACCUACUGCGACGUUUCAUGGAGGGUGUAAGGAACAUUGCAGCCGUUUCACUAUCCAUUGGCUACCCAACUGUAUGCUCUGUACCUCACUCUAUUGUGAAUGGAUUCAAGAAUCUUCUGGCCAUUGCUGCUGUUACAGACAUCUCCUUCAAGGAAGCUGAGACGUUGAAAGAGUAUCUGGCAGACCCUGAGAAGUUUGCUGCAGCUUCAGCUGCCAGUGCACCAGUCGCCAGUGCCACCACUGAGGCUAAGGAAGAGAAAAAGGAGGAAAGUGAGGAAGAGGAAGAAGAUGAUGACAUGGGAUUCGGACUCUUUGAUUAA